GUCGAUAGGAUUAGCGGUUCUCGGGCGAGGGGUUUGAUCUUGGUGCCGUGCUGGGGUCAGAGUCAAACCAUCCCAUUCCCAAAGUGGAUAAUUACUGUAGCUGAACAUUUAACUGUCAUACCAACUUCUUGGUUGAAACAUGUUGAAACCAAGAAAACUAGGGCUGUGCUUAGUGAAGACGUACAUUUCCAUGUUGAAGGAAACACUGUUGUGACUCCCCAGCGGAAUUUUCAUCGCCAGGCCGGGGUGCCUGUGUCGUCCAGGGCCAGCAUCGAGGUAGAAGGAAACACGAUGGAAGGCUCAGUUCAAGCCUUUGUGAUGGAGGUCCAGGGCUUCAUCGAAGACUACGCCAUGCCCCGCGACCUGGCACGAGCUCAGGACUUCGUGCCGCAGGAUGUGGCCGAAGCGUUGGCUUUACUGGAUAUGCGAGUCUUCAACAUGGAUCGACAUCCAGGAAACCUGCUGGUUCUGAAAGAGGAGAAGCCGCAUACGUUGGGCCCCAUCGACCAUGGCUGCUGUUUGCCGCCCUGGUGGUGCCUCAGCGAGGCGAUCUUUGAAGCCUGGCUCUCCUGGCCCCAGCUGAGGACUCAGCCUUCGGAGUCUGCCAUUGGGAUUGUGAAGCAAGCCUGGGAGAAGUUGCCCCAGACCUGCAAAAUGCUCAGAGAAACUGGGUUGGAGGAAAGUGCUGUGACCACCCUCAGGCUAUGCACCAGCCUGGUCUACAUUGGAGUGGUCGAGCUGGGCUGUAGCAUCAGCGAGAUCGCCACCUUGAUGCUGAGAGAUGAGGACAAGGAACCUCAGGAGCUCAGCUGGCUGGAAGAGCGCGUGAUGGCCGCGGCCGAGCGGGCGGGCGCCAAGUGCUCCUUACAGGUCACCAAACGAGGUGACCCGGAGAUGGCGGUGGAGAAUCCGGACGCCUUGCAGGUGGAUGUCUUCCUGAAAUCCCUGGCAGAAGUCUACCGACAGGACCUCACUGAGCGUUCGCCGGGACGCAACAAGAGGGAUUGAUCCCGCGGUCAGCUGGAGCUGGAAAGCACUGGGAAGGAGUAGUUUAUCAACGUGAAUUUCAUAGCCAAAAUCAUGGUGAUUUGUUUCGUUUCGAAUCUGCGAGCGCAACAUGUUUCCAUCCGUUCGCCACCUGGCCUGACCGGGAUGGCCUGAAAAACCGCAGCCUGCAGUUCGUGCAGAAAUGCUGUGGCUGGAGGGUUUUUUGGGUGUAACUUCAAAUGUCA